AUGGUAGCAGGCAAGAGUGCGCACGGAUGCUUCUCGAUGACUAUAAUAAGGCAAGUAAAAAUUCUUUUCCUAUUGGAAGAUAGUUUGAAGAGAACGUGGCGUGUCUGGAGGCCUGCUUGGUCGCCUGACAUUCAAGGCUGUUCGCUGAGCCACAAAACUGGGAAUGACGUGUCGGGAGGCCUGCUUGGUCGUCUGACAUUCAAGGCUGUUCGCCGAGUCUGCACUGGACCCACUGGCACAGGAGGCCUGCUCGGUCGCUAUGAUGGUGGCCGUAAAAACGUCCACAUGGCCAGAUUCACGUCCACCAACCAAUUACAGGGAAUGGAAAUAUAUGUAUUAGCGUCCGAUGAUGAUUUUCUACCUCCAAAAAAUCACCCAACAAAGCGGAGAAAGCAAUUAUCUCUUUCGAAGAACAAACAGAACAAAGAAUCGGUCGAAUCGACUGCGUCAAAGAAGAUCAAAACUACUAGCAAGAAUGUGGAUGAAAAGGGAAACGAUGAUGACCCAUCCCUUAGUAACGAAAGUUCGACCAGUUCUAAUUCGGGAUCAUCAAUAUCAGGUUCAACACCACAAACCAUUAAUUCAGACGAAAAUUGUGAUCCUGUUGUUGACUCUACCCAAGAUAUUGAGACCACGAUAAUUGAUGAAACACUCGAAACCUUGGCCAAGGAAAGCCUCGUUAGGAAUGAAGAAUGGAUUAUUGGUGGUAAGAUAAAUGUUCGAGAGUCGCUAAAAAAAUGGAAGCGCGAAAAAGUUCGUCCCCAUAAUGAUCUUGGAUACUAUGACAUCAUUGAUCUCACGCCCGAAUCUAAUAGUGAUUUUGUUAAUUCACUAUCGAAAUCCGAAUAUGAAGAAAUGAUAUGUUACGAUCCUCCAAAAUUACCGAAUUUUGAUUAUGAUGAAAUCAAAGCACUAAUCGUUAAAAUGAUCAAGGCAUCUGAUUUUCGAAAAGCAGUAAAUGAAAAUUUCAUGUCAACAAGAGGUGAUGAGGAUAAAGAAUUCGCAUGGGAUUUUGCUUAUCAGCUGGCCAAUUCUUUUGAUCAUGGAAAUGAUCUUCUUUAUACCAACAUGUCGGAAAGGAUGUAUCGAGAGAUUUUCUUAACACCUGUAAUUCGAAGUUUAUUUCGAAAAAAAAGUACGGACCUGGAUCUCUUUUUUGGCGAGGUAUGCUUAUACGCAUCGGCUGAAGACGCCGAUUUAAAGAAGAACGACGCAGAAGACCGAAGUUCGGGACGAAAGAUUGAUGCCGUUUGGGCCACAAAACCUCCAAAGAUUGGGAAAAUGUUAAAAAUAAUGCUAAAUAGAAUAGCUCGAGUUUAUGGUGGGGAUAGUACUAUUUUCAAUUUAUUGAAGCUUUACGCUUUGCAGAUUUAUGAUCACAAUGCAAUUGUAUACGAAAUGACCGUACCGUAUCGAGAAUUAUACUUAUUUAGAGAAGUAAUACGAACGGAAUUACCAACAAGUCAAGUUAAUUUAGUGCGGAUGCGUCAAUGCAUCCCGAAAUUCCUUUUAUUUAAAGAAAUGCUUUGUAAAAGUUUAAGUGAACUACGUGAAUAUAUUAUGGAAGCUGGCUUACAUACACCACCUGAAAAAAUUAAAGCAUCUCUAUUUGUUACAGAAAUGACGUAUACGCCCCCAUCAAAAAAGGAUAAUAAUAAAAAAGAAAUAGGCAAGAGAGGAGGGGGAAAAAAGUAG